AUGCCUUCCCCAACACCGGGCCACACGCGCCGCCGCUCACCGCCGGCGAUCACCGCCCUGCUGCCGCGCCUCCGCGCCGCAGCUGGGCCGACCACUUCGCGCCACCUGCUCCUCCAGUCCAUGGCAGUGGUCCUCACCUCCGGGCUCUCCUCCUCCCACCCCGCGCUCGCCUCCCGCCUCCUCAAUUCCUUCCUCCCGCAUGUCUCCGCCCGCCGCCUCCCCGCCGUCCUCCGCCUCCUCCCGCCCGACCACCUCACGCUCCUUCUCCUCUCCUCCGCCAAGAACCACCGCGCCCACUCCCUCCCCGACGCCUGCGCGCUCCACGCCCUCGCCGUGUCCUCCGGCCACCUCCCCUCUGACCUCCGCCUCGCCAACUCCCUCCUCUCGCUCUACCUCUCCCACGGCUCCACGGCCUCCGCGCGCGCCCUCCUCGCCGACAUCCCCCGCCCCGACACCGUGACCUGGAACACCCUCCUCCGCUCCUGCCUCCGCAUGGGCCUCCUCCCGGCGGCGCGGCGCCUGUUCGAUGAAAUGCCUGAGCGGGAUCUCGUCACGUACAAUUCCAUGUUGUCUGGGUACGUGGCGGAGGGGGAUAUGGACAACGCCAGGGAGCUGUUUGAUGGAAUGCCCGAGAGGGACGUGGUUACAUGGAACUCAAUGCUUGCUGGGUAUACUCGGCGCGGGGACAUGGAGAACGCCAAGAAGAUGUUUGAUGUAUGCCUGUGA